AUGGAUAAUACACUAUUGAUUGCAUUAGUAGUUAUAUUGAUAACCUCUGGUGCUGUGUUGAUUGUCAGGAGAAACACGGAUGGUUUGAUCACUUCAGUCACUUCUCGUAACGGUAAAAAGCUUAAUAGAGAUCCGACCUUUAUUAUUGCAGGCCCUAGUAGUAGUGGCAAGACAAGUCUUUUUAGUUUACUGACCACUGAUGAAAUAAAGCCCACAUUGAUGUCGCAACAACCAAAUAUUGCGCUGGAUUUCCUGUUGCCUUCAGCUACCAAAAAUUUUAAAUUUAAACUAAUAGAAUUCCCAGGUCAUCCAAAGUUACAGCACGAUUUAUUCCAAACCCUGCGUGAUUCGAUCGAUAUAAGGGGUCUGAUUUUUUUGGUCGAUUCCACAGUUGAUCCAAAGGAAUUAACAACGACUGCAGAACUUCUCUACGAAGUUCUGAAAAUUACUGAACGUAGACAGGCUGGCGUAGAUAUCUUAAUUGCGUGUAACAAGUCAGAAUCUUUCGCCAGCCGGCCGCCCAUGAAGAUUAAACAGGCAUUAGAGAAAGAAAUUGACAGUAUUAUGUUGAGAAAGAAAAAGUCUCUGGCUAAUGUGUCAACGCAAGGGGAUUCUCAUCUCGACCAUGAAACUCAUGCACUCGAUAUUGACCCUGCUGGCGGCUUCAAGUUCGAGUGCUUGGAAGGAACCGUAGAUGCUCUCGAUGGCAGUGUGCUAAAAAACAAAGUGGUCAACUGGAAGUCUUGGAUUGAUUUGCAUGCUGUGAACUAG